AUGUUCAUGAAUGACAUAUCUCAGUAUGCAAAAAAUUCAAUUCCUGAUGGAUAUUUCCCACAUUAUGCAAAUUUGAAAUGGAUCUGUUAUCAUUUAAAUGGUGGAAACGAAUUUCGAAUCUAA